UUGCCAAGUGUGAACACGAAAUAUCUGGCAUCCGGGUUUCUCUCACACUGCGGAACUCCCAACACGGGUGGAUUAGAAAUCAGUAGAAAAUAAGACGUUAAAUAAAUUAAACGUAACGUAAAUUCAAACACUUCUCGGCUUACUAAGCAAUUUUUCACACACAUUAAUCUAAAAAAAGUGUGAAAAAGGGCGGAGAAUUUAGUCGUUUAGGUGCAGGUUUAAAAUGGUUUGACCACCUUCAGUUAGCUAGCUAGCAUAAAGUUAAAUUCAAAUGUCAGCCAUUAGAUAGGUAACGUUAGCUAUUAUAUCAAGUCAUGACGGAAACAAAAGAGCAGGUACAACUAAGGAACAACCCUCGCAGGCAACUGAAGAAACUUAGUGAGGACAGCUUGACCAAGCAGCCUGAGGAAGUGUUUGAUAUAUUGGAGAAACUUGGAGAGGGGUCUUAUGGCAGCGUAUUCAAGGCACAUUAUAAAGAGACUGGGGAGAUUGUGGCAAUUAAACAGGUUCCUGUGGAGUCAGAUCUACAAGAAAUCAUUAAAGAGAUUUCUAUUAUGCAGCAGUGCAACAGUCCACAUGUGGUGAGAUAUUAUGGCAGUUACUUUAAGAACAGUGAUCUGUGGAUUGUAAUGGAGUACUGUGGAGCUGGCUCUGUGUCUGACAUUAUCAGACUACGCAACAAAACAUUAACAGAAGAUGAAAUAGCUGCCAUUAUGCAGUCCACUCUUAAGGGACUGGAAUACUUGCACUUCAUGAGGAAAAUCCACAGAGACAUCAAAGCUGGAAACAUCCUUCUGAACUCUGAGGGACAGGCCAAACUUGCCGACUUUGGUGUUGCGGGACAGCUAACUGACACGAUGGCGAAACGCAACACAGUAAUUGGAACGCCGUUUUGGAUGGCUCCAGAGGUCAUUCAGGAAAUUGGCUAUAAUUGUGUAGCAGAUAUCUGGUCUCUUGGCAUCACAGCCAUAGAGAUGGGUGAAGGGAAGCCACCAUAUGCAGACAUACACCCUAUGAGGGCAAUAUUCAUGAUUCCAACAAAUCCACCACCAACAUUUCGGAUCCCUGACCAGUGGUCAGAACCUUUCAGGGAUUUUGUGGCACAAUGCCUGAUAAAGAAUCCUGAGAACAGAGCAACAGCCACACAGCUAUUACAACACCCAUUCAUAAAGAAUGCUAAGUCCAAUAGUGUCCUUAGGGCACUGAUUACAGAAUCUAUGGAGCUCAAACUGAAGAAACAGGAGACUGAACAGAGAGAACAGGACACAGAGGAUGAAGAAAACUCGGAUGAAGAUGAAGUUGAUCAGGGUACAAUGGUGCGAGCCAGCACAUCAGGUCUGGGAACAGUCCGUGCAGUCGGCUCACUUGGAAGUUCAUUGGGAACCAUGAUUGAGCACAAUGACAGCACGUUGGAGUCUCAGCUUGGCACCAUGGUCAUAAACUCAGAGGACGAAGAGGAGGAUGCAGGCACCAUGAAACAUCAUCAAGAAACAAUGCAGCCAGCUAAUGCAGUUAAGCCAUCAUUCCUACAGUAUUUUGAACAGAAAGAGAAGGAGGACAACAAAAACAGUGACAACGACAGUCACAAACUGCCUACAGAAUGGGACAUGGAGAUGAUACGUUCCUUAAAUGUAGAGGAGCUAAGAAGACGACUUGCCUCUCUAGACCCACAGAUGGAGCAGGAGAUUGAGGAGAUCCACCAGCGCUACCAGGCCAAACGCCAACCCAUUCUCGAUGCCAUUGAGGCCAAAAAGCGACGUCAGCAGAACUUCUGAACCUUCUGAAGAAACUCUUGAUGAUCCCUCAACAAUGUUCAUCAUUGUCAGUUACCUAUAAAGGUACCUGUGCCAGAUCCAGCUAUACUUCCUUUUUUUUUUUUUGUUUAACUUACAAUCCUUUCUUUGCAUUUGUUGUUUAAUUAUUUUUAAAAUCUGUUGCUGUAGCUACACCACUAUUGGUACUAGAUUUGGUGUUACUGUGGGCUCAAAAUGCAGGGAACAACAUUUUGUCAUACACUGUUUGACUUACUGCACUUUUUUAUUACUUGUGUAACUUUAGCAUGUAUAUGUUUUGUUUGUUUUUGUCUAAAAUAGCUGUAAGUAACACAGUUCACAAAAUUUGGUAGUCAUUAAACAAGCUAAUAAUUAGGCUGGAUGUUCUUAUUUAUAGUGUCUUAUAAAGAAGGCAACUAUACAAAGGUCUAUAGAGCGAUAUAUUUUUUUUUGGUUGAUUGGUUGGUUCUCUUUCCCCUAGCCAACAUAAAGUACACAAACCAUGUUGUGUAAAACAUUUUAAGCACAAACUCUAGCAUUUCUGCUGUAAUGUCAAGUGAAGUGUAAUUUUAGCAUGUUAGGCACACCCAAAAAUUAAUGUCAGGUUAAAAAUAUAAACUGGCAUUGUAAAACUGUAACGAUAAAAAUUUGGAAAUAGAACUGCCCAGUGGUAGUGAUAGAUGUAAAAUCAAACAUGCCUUCAUUUAAAGAAAGAAAAAAAAAGAGUCGAGUAUUGAACUGCUUUACUGUCUUCAUGUUUACAUUCCAGUAGGACACAUUAUCCAAGCACCAGCAGCAGCAGAACAUGUUAGCAGUGUCUAGUACACAGAGGAUUGCUUUCAGUAAGCAAUGCUUCAUGCAACUGUACUGAGAUUUUAUAGUUUCCCCAUUAACUAGUUUUAAUACUCAAUGCACUUGCAAGGAUCUGCUGAGAGGCAGAUUGUUGAGAGCAGCCGUCUCGUAUUUGGGGGGGGCUGUAGUUUAAGCAUCAAUAUUGUUUCCACAACUUCAUGUGUUAGAAUGUAUUUGAUGUAUAUUAAUGGUGUACUAAUUUAUAAAACAAUACGUGCUGCAUUCUGAGCUUUUUCUCAAAUGUCAGAUCAGGUAAAUUGAUUAAGGUUGGGAAGUUGGCUAAAAUUAUUUUUUAAAAUAGUUUAUUUUUGAAAGUUUUUUUGGAAGCUAGGAGAGCCUGGUAUUUUUUUUUCAGCUGGAGUGUCUGUUCCUGCAAAUUAGACUCAGGUAUAAUUGACUCAAGCAAUCCAUAGCUACUGUGAAAGACUUUUUAUAGUGCUUAUAUACCCCAUAAAUCAACCCCAAUAUGGUUUUGGAGGAUCAACUUAAAAGCCUUUCUUCCUUUUGGAGUUUGUUACAUUCUGGAAUUAUAUGAUGCUGUUGAAGUUUUAUCAUCAAACCUUUACAGUAGUAAUGCAUGCUGUUCCUGCUUUGUUUUUUUGUUUUGUUUUUUUAAUGCGCAAUGUGAAUACAGAACCAAUGUCAGUACUCCUCAUCUGUCCUAACACUGGUCCUGAACAAACAUUUUGUCUGUGCCUUAAAUUAUGCAAAGUCUAUUUGGAAGUGUUUAAAAGUUGGAUUUGUUUUAUGUGUGAAAAAUAAACUGGUAUUCAUUAUAA